AUGGCCACUGCGCAGCAUGGCCGAGAACUUCAUAGUUUUAUUUUAGAUGAGCAGAAGACUACAGUCGCGUUAUCUCGAGCCAAGCAAGGGAAGGUUAUCAUUGGCGAUGAGGACGUUUUGGGAUCUGGUCCCAUCUGGGAGAGGUACCUCACCUAUUUUUCAGAUAUUACGGUACCUCUCAGCACCUUCAGACGGUGGGUCGGCAAGCGCCGCCAGGGAAACCGACGGACUACCCGCCCUUCCAAUCGGACCAAGUAUAUCUGCGUAGCCCCUCAGCCAACUGGACGACGUCGUCGCCAUGGCUAA